UGAGCGCGAGCAACGUGACGGCAGCGGAAGUGGCCGAAAGAAAGUGGAAAACCGUUCAGACGGAAAAGGCGGAGAGGCAGGACACAGGAGAUCGUCGUGGAGCAGCAGAGACCUCCUUCGGAGAGCGUCUGCUUGUGCUCUUUUCGCUGGAUGUCGGACAGGGUGUCUGCUUGAGCCCUAGUAGUAUCACCUACUUACUACUGUACCUUCCGAGAGCGCGAUCACCUCCCACCUGGCCAGAGACUCGGAAGGAAAAACCAUCCACCUUCUUCUGCCAGAAAUAAGAAAUCGUCUACCUUCUCUCCUCGAGUCGAAGGCAGCGAGAGGGAGAUCAUCUACCCGGCUGACAGAGAAAGAAAGGGAAUUAUCACCUCCUGAAAGAGAGGGGGGAGGAGAUCAUCAACCUCAGGGAAGAAAUGCUCCAACUUCUGCUGAUAGAGAGAAGCAGAAGGACACAUUUACCUCUGCCUGAAAAGACAGUGUGAGAGAGAGGGAGUAGCUUAAGGUUGCUCUCCGUACACAGAAGAGAGAGAGAGAGAGAGAGAAUCGUUCCCUCUUCAAAGCCAUCAGCUGAAUGUAGCCGGAGACUAGAGACACCGCGCACGUCCAGUCCGUUUGUUUCUCAUGCGCUGCGCAGACACGCGGGCAGCUCCAACAUCAUCAUGUGCACCCCUCCGUGCUGCUUCUCGCAGUUGGCCUGCUGCUGCGGUUCGGCCGCCUGCUCCCUGUGCUGCAGUUGCUGCCCCAAGAUUCGGCAGUCGACGGGGACGCGCGUCAUGUAUGCCCUCUUCUUCUUGCUGGUCACGGUCGUUUGCGUCAUUAUGAUGUCACCCACAGUGGAGAUGGAGAUGCGGGACCGGAUCCCAUUCUACUCGGAGCUGUGCCAGAAGCUCAACGCCGGGGAGAACUGCAAACGGCUGGUGGGCUACUCAGCAGUCUACAAGGUCUGCUUUGGAGCAGCCUGCUUCUUCUGCAUGUUUUCCGUGUUCACCUUUGGAGUGCGCACCAGCAGGGGCUGGAGAGCUGCCAUCCACAAUGGCUUCUGGUUCCUGAAGUUCCUGGGAUUGCUGGGAUGCUGUGCAGGAGGGUUUUUCCUGCCGAACCAGGAGACCUUCCUUGAAGUGUGGCGCUAUGUGGGUGCAGUUGGAGGGUUUCUGUUCCUGCUCAUCCAGCUCAUGCUCCUGGUUGAAUUUGCACACAGAUGGAACCAAAACUGGACAUCAGGCAUUAAGUACAACAAGCUGUGGUACGCUGCCCUGGCACUCGUGACGCUGGUGCUCUUCUCUGUGGCUGUGGGAGCCCUGGUCUUCAUGGCUCUCUUCUAUACCCACCCCGAGGCCUGCAUCCUCAACAAGGUCUUCCUGGGACUCAACGCCAGCCUGUGUCUCCUGGUCUCCCUGCUGGCUAUCUCCCCCUGCAUCCAAAGGCUUCAGCCAACCUCAGGCCUCCUCCAGUCUGGAGUCAUCAGCGUGUACGUCAUGUACCUCACCUUCUCUGCUCUGUCCAGCAAGCCCAUUGAAACGGUGGAAAAGGACGGUGGUAACGCUACGGUCUGUGUGUUUCCAUUCAACUCUGGAUCUGAGAGCGAUAACAAGAUAGUGACGGGCGUGGGCACGGUUAUCCUGUUUGGAUGUGUUCUCUACUCUUGUUUGACUUCCACCACUCGAAGGAGCUCAGCAGCACUGAGAGUGUGCAGGAAUGCUGUGCCAGAGAACGAGAGGGCCCGUUGUUGUUUCUGUUUCGGUCAAGAUGAUGACGACUAUGAAGAUGAGGACCGGAAGGGUGGAGGGCAGUAUGUAAUGUAUGACGAGAGAGAAGGAACUGUCUACAGCUACUCCUUCUUUCAUUUCGUCUUCUUCCUGGGCUCCUUGUACGUCAUGAUGACAGUCACCAACUGGUUUCACUACGACAACGCGAAGAUUGAGAGGCUCCUGGAUGGAAGCUGGUCCGUGUUCUGGAUUAAGAUGGCAUCCUGCUGGGUGUGUCUCUUGCUUUACUUAUGGACCCUGGUGGCACCCAUGGUCUGUCCAAAGAGGUUUGAGGCCUAGGCUGAUACCCAGCACUACAUCCUGG